AGACAUACUUUAUGGUAAUCUCUAUUUUAUUCACAUCCUCAAAUUGCAUCAUCGACUACAGACGAACAAGAUUUGUGCAAGAUGUCAGACCCAAAAUAUGCUAAUUUACCAGGGAUUGAUAUAAAUUCCCCUGAUGUAUAUGAAACAAGCGAUCUUCCUGAAGAUGAGCAGUCCAUGGUUAAAUCAACGGAGGAACUUGACAGUGAGAGUGUUGAGACCAUUCCCUUGGAUACAAAGGCUGCUUACAGCACCUUCAGAGGGAAAGGAGUGGCUACUUCUGGUAUAGAUUUUUCAGAUAGCAUUAGCAAACAGAGACGAUUGGGAUAUAUCUCUGACCAGACAGAAUAUGAAAUGGGUGAUGGUUCUGCAAAAGAAACUCUGAUGCAGAAAUACCAGAGACUUCAGCAUGAAAUACGAGAACUGUCUGAAGAAGUGAACAAGAUCAGGGAAGCAGUGAAAGAUGAGUCUGCAGCAGAAAAAAUGUCUCCUGUGGCAUUGGGAAAGAUGUUAGGCUACCUUCAGCACCAGUUGACAGAUCUUCAUUUAGAGAAACUUCUGGGGCCUGAGGCUUCAAUUGAUCUCUCCGACCCUCAGGGAGCAUUGCGGCAGCGUCUGCUGCAACAGCUGAAUGCUUAUGCACCAGGAGCUCAGAGUAAAGAAAAGUCUGCCAAAACUGCUAGCACACCAGGGAGUGAGGCUGAUUAUGUGACUUAUGAGCUUUAUUAUCGCCCUGAGCAGGCCCAAUUUAGCAAGAAUGCUCGUAUGGCAAACUUAGAAGAAAGGUUAGAGAGAUUAGAAAAUGCCAUUGGGCACAACUUUGAUAAAGUGACUGUUCUUACUGCUGACACUGAAAACAAAAGCUUGCUGGGUGCUGUGGCUGCUUUAAACUCUAAGCUGUCACUGCUAGAUCAAGCCAACAUUGACACGGUGGAAGCCAGGCUUCAAAGUGUUAUGCACAAGCUGUCACAAAUUGCUGAGAAAAAGAACAACUCUCAAGACAACCCAGAGAAGCAGCAGAAGAUUUUAGAACUCUUUGAGAUGGUGAAGAAAUUGGAAACAGUGGGUGAUUCCUUGCCACAUGUAGUUGAUAGAAUGGUGGCACUGAAAGAGCUGCAUGAGCAAGCGUUGCAGUUCAGUCAAGCUGUCACUUAUCUGGAUACUGCACAGCAAGAGGUAAAGACAACACUGGAUUCCUACAAUGACAUGAUGAAACAGCUUCAAACACGCUUCAAAGAAAACAUGGAUGGCAUCAAAGCAAACUUUGAGAGCCUUGACAAGAGGAUGCAAGCACUAAAAAAGUAGAUGAAGAGGAAACAAGCUGGCUUCUCGUGGAGCAAAAGUGCAAUGUUAUUCAUCCUGCUUUCAAUAGGGCCUGCAGCCUGCUUAGUGGAAACCAUCAUUUUGCAAGCAUUUAGAAUGGUCCAGGCUUGUGUAGCAUUCUUGUAAAUUCUUUUGCAUGCAUCAGUAUUGAAAGCUUCGUAAAUUAUAGUGUGGAAUCUGCAGGUGGGAAACACUUGAAAAACAGUAACAAGUUUAUGCUUAUGGGAAGUGACAGGGAUGGUGAAUGUAAAUCAGUAGUUAGUAGUAAUGUGCUUCAUUUUUAUUUCAUGGAUGAACAUUUCUGUGGAAAAAUUAUUACUUUUUUGUUAAAGAAAAUGAGUGUUAAAUGUAUUUCAAGUUAUUUGAGUUGUGGGCCCACCUGAACAAACCUUGUAUAAGAACUCUUUGAUACAUAGCAAGUGUUUUUGCAGAAUAAUUUCUUAACUUAUAUUUAUUUCAGUGACAGAUUUUCCACAUUCUGAAGUGUUUGCUUUCAUGUCUCAUGUAAAAUAUGUUUCAUCUUAUUGUAAAGAGACCUUCAGAAGAGGAUCUGACUUGGAGGGUGGAGGAAGAGUAAUAGUGAAAACAAUAAAUUUAGAGUACUUUUAAGACUUUUUUGGUGUCCAUUGCACUUGCUACCUAUAUUGGUGUGACCUAAUGAUGUAAAUAUGACACUGCACAAUUAAAACUGAAGAAAAAGUUGA